GGAAUACAAGGUCAACAACAGUUCCACAUAAGUCAUUACACAAAAAUAACUAAAAUAGAUUAAUUUAAACCUUAUCACGGUGAAAUUUGAGCAAUAAUGGGGUCAAAUAGGAAUAUGGUGACAGAUUGUUUACUUGCAAAAGUUAACUUUCCUUUAUAUGCUGCUGAAAUGCUGACAAGCAGACAUUUACUGGUAGCUGGUGGUGGUGGAUCUGCUAAAACAGGUGUUGCAAAUGGAUUUGAAAUUUAUGAGCUCUUUCACAAUGGUCAGCAUUUCGUAGCAGAGGAAAUUCAGAGACAUGAGACUGGUUCAGAGGUCAUAAUGAAUAUGUCCAUGAGAAGUUUUCAAACAAGAUCGCUGCUAGUUGUUGGUCAGGAAAGUCAUAGCCAAAUGUUUAUUAUACAUCCAAAAGUGGGCCAAUUACCACCAAGAGAAAUUCAACACAGAAGGGAAUCGUCAACAGAGGUCAGACAAAGAAAGAAUCGUGAACGAACUGAAUCAAUGGGAAGUGAAAAAGAGCAAGACGACGGUCAAAAGAUGAAAAGGGUUUAUUUUGAAAUUAAGGCUGCAGAUUCUGUUCAAACAGAUUUCACAAAAUCUGAACCAUUGCAGAGAGUUGUGAGAAUAAGUCCUGAUGGUAGAUUUAUGGUAACUGGUGGUCUUGACGGUCAUGUGAGAGUUUGGAAUUUUCCUAAAAUGACGCCUUUAACUGAUGUACCAGCUCAUAAAAAAGAGAUUGAUGACAUCGAUUUCAGUCCCGAUAGCAAAAAUUAUAUUUCAGUUUCGAAAGAUGGAAUGGCAAUUAUUUGGUCAGUUUUGAAAGGAAAGGAAUUAAUGAAAUUACAAUGGACCCCACCAGAAGGAGUGAAAUAUUUAUUCAAGAGAUGUCGAUAUGCGACAAUCGAAGGCAACACCGAUAAUUAUCGUCUCUUCACUUUAUCCAAUCCAUUCGGAAAAUCAGGCAAACAAAAAGGAUUUUUACAACAGUGGAAUAUUGAAACCGGACGGCUUAACAAUAUUGUGGCAAUAGAUGAAAGUUUAUCAGCGUUAGCUGUUCGUGAUGAUGGUCGUUUCGUGGCUGUUGGGACUAUGUUUUCCGGGUCUGUUUCUAUUUAUAUAGCGUUCAGUUUACAAAAAGUUCUUCAUGUUCCCGGUGCACAUUCAAUGUUUGUUACUGGUCUUGAAUUCAUUCCUGUUAUGACAAAAGAUGCACCGCCAAUUUCAAGCGAUGUUGAAGCAUCUGUCGUCUCAUAUUCGGUUGACAACCGAAUUUGCAUACACAGCUUACAAUAUAGACAUUCGUUACCAGCUUGGGCUGCUGUCAUUCUUAUUGUCGUUAUAAUGAUUUUAACUUUUCUUCUGUGUUCUUAUUUUCAAAUUUAAAAAGAAACUCUUAUGGAAUGUUGUUGGUUUAAAACUUCUCAAUUGAUUAUAAAUAAAAUAUGCAAAUAAAUAUAGAAGAUAAAUAAAGUGAAAAAUGUUAUUUAUUUGCUUCUUUA